UUUUCGGGUAUCCUGGCGGAUGCAUCAGACGCGUGGCGACAUGUGUGACUGAAUGGGCAGUUGUGGAAAAUUAAUGAACAAAAAAAAAAAUUGGUCACGCUGUUCAUUUUUUUCUUUGAUGCAUUCAUCAUCGCCAUCAAGACAUCAAUUUGGGAAGUUCUUCUCUGCUGCAAGGUCCAAAAAGUCAGUGCAGUGAAAACGGACGAUCCGAAGAAUAUUACCCUUUCAUCUCUCUCUACAUAACAUUAACCAGAUCAGUCUGAUCUUAUGUCAAUGAAGAAUUUUUAGAUAAAACUCAGGUUUUACUAGUUGAUACAGAUUCACGGAAAUUUUGAAAACAAAACCUGAAGGCAGAGAAAAAAAGCCAGCGACUUUUCAUCUCUACGCUGGUGAUUAUGGCUGUUGCUGAGAAUGUUGGGCCCAAAAUCGGUUCUUCCAGUCAGAAUUUGGACCAUGGUGUAGUGUCAGGAGAUUCGAGUGAGGUUGAGAAAUCAAAAACCAGAAACGAUCAGAAUCUGACCAACGGUGUAUUCAACCAUCAACAGCAUCAAGAGAGAGUUCCUGGCACUAUGUCAGUUCCUAACGGAAAUUUCGGCUACAAAGCUCAGAUGCACCCAAAUGGAGUGAACAAUGAUGGGUAUGGGAUGAAUGGGGUUAUGAGUGACGAGAAUGGGGGUGAGAGCUUCAAACGUGAUAUGAGGGAUUUGGAAGAGCUUUUGUCUAAGUUAAAUCCCAUGGCUGAGGAAUUUGUGCCUCCAUCACUGGCCAAUAAUCAUGGCUUCUUAGGUGGACCUAAUACUGGAUUUGGUUACCCUAACAAUUUUAUACUUCCUAAUAACUUUGGAAAUACUAAUGGUCAAACUAACAAUAGAAGGAGGAAGAAUGGUUAUAAUCCUGGGAAGCGAAGAGUGAAUCAUAAAAUAGAUAUGGAGAAAAGGGAAGAGAUGAUUCGGCGGACCGUUUAUGUGUCGGACAUUGAUCAUCUGGUAACCGAAGAGCAGCUGGCAGCUCUCUUUCUCAACUGUGGCCAGGUUGUUGAUUGUCGUGUAUGCGGAGAUCCUAACUCAAUUCUUCGAUUUGCCUUCAUUGAGUUUACUGAUGAAGAUGGUGCAAGGGCUGCUUUGAGCCUGUCUGGUACCAUGCUUGGAUAUUACCCACUGAGAGUGCUACCUUCAAAAACUGCCAUUGCACCUGUCAAUCCAACAUUUUUGCCCAGGUCUGAAGAUGAAAGGGAAAUGUGCUCAAGAACAAUUUAUUGCACAAAUAUUGACAAGAAGCUUACUCAAGCAGAUGUCAAACACUUCUUUGAGUCUAUCUGUGGAGAGGUUCACCGCUUGAGGCUUCUUGGGGAUUACCACCAUUCAACUCGAAUUGCAUUUGUUGAGUUCGCAAUGGCUGAGAGUGCAAUUGCAGCUCUGAGCUGUAGUGGUGUGAUUUUGGGUUCACUGCCAAUAAGGGUAAGUCCAUCUAAGACACCAGUGCGACCUCGUGCUCCGCGUUCCGCCAUGCACUGAGUGAAUCAUCAUUUCACAUGUUUCUGGGGUUGUUGCUGCUGGGAGAUAUAUUUACAUAUAUACAUACAUAGAAACAGAUAUAUUCUAAGGUACCUGUGGCGUUUUGUUGAUACUUUUGUCUUUGAGACUCGGUAGUAUGGUAUCUUUGUUUCCUGUUGGGGUCAUGAAUUGUUUAGCUUGUAGAGUUGGAUGGCGUUUUGAGGAUCUUGAAGGCUUAAUUUAUGAUGGGUCGGUCUUGCAAGGGGAAAACUUUAUAGUUGGACUUUUCUAACAUCUGGAAUUUUUAUUUAAAGAAACUCUUGUUACAAAUCUUUGUCACGA